AUGAGCAGCACUUGCACAUCGUGGGCCGUCAGAUCGUCAUCUUCCACCGCCAGAUAUUCCUCCAUCGCCAGAUAUUCCUCCAUCAUGCACAUCCAGCCGUCGACGUUUCUCCGCUCUCGCUCCACGAUCACUGGCCUCAUGUCUUCUCCUUUCCUACCGCUCUCAUCAUCAUCGUCUUCAUCACCAUCAUCGCUGCCAUCUCCCAAUCACGUCCUAUCCUCCGCACACAGCAAGGUCGAGCAUCAUGCGCUUCCGCGCCACGCACCCCUCCCCCCGGUCUCCGCUCGCGCGCGUUUCCGCCGCACUUCUCGCCGGACGGAACCCGUUAGAAGCACCCAACCGCACCAGCAGCACCAGCAGGGGCCGCAACAACAUCGGCAGCAAGAGCGGGGAACGCGGGAAGGAGUGUAUGUUGACGUGGUAGUUAGCAGCCAGUCAUCCGCGAGGCACGGCUCUGUUCGGCUGAGCGAGACACGGAAAGGUGUGGCAAGCGCGCCAGUAUCCGCUGGGAUUGCAUCGGACGGACGACAGGCCCAGACAAGCAGAGGUGGACAGAGAUUGACGGCUGAGCAAGCUGCAGCGCCUUCCGUCACAAGCCAUCGAGCAGGCUUGCGGGCCUCAGUUUCCCCAUGGGCACUCGCAGCAGGGGGGGGCUCGCUGCUGCUCGUGCUAGCUGCUGCUGCAGCGGCCUACGUGCAGCGGUUGAGGGGAGGAGGGAGGGAGAGGAGCGUGGACUUUCUUACUAGAAGAGGAUUCGUUUCUUCGGAUAGAAGCGAGCCGUUGAACGUGAUAUCGCAGUAUGAUGACCCCACAUCAGUGCUGAAUUAUCGCGUGGGCAACACGAUGCUGGUUCAGAUGGAGCCACUACCGCCUCUCACUGCUGAGAAGAUGGAAUUUCACAGGCAGCAGCGGCAGAAGGAGCACGGAUGGAAGAAACCACAGGUGGUGCUGGUGGAGGGAGAUCCUGUGCCAGAUGGAGUCGAUCCCAUGACAGUGCGCUUCAUUCCCAGAAGGCACCCCUUUGCUCUCAACCAGGAUGAGAGUGACGAGAUUCUGUCAGAGGACGUGGCACGGCGGCGGCUGAAGCAGAGGAGGGGGCGGCCAGAGAAGGAGCAGGAGAGGAGCCGCAGGCAGCUGCAGCAGCUGCGGCAGGAGGUGGAUGGCAGGGAGAGGAUAGUGGAGGAAAGAGGUCCUGGGAGGGAGAAUGUUGGUGGAGGAGGCAUGGGCUUGCAGCAACCAAGAACAUCAUUCCAUCCUGGCAACUUUCAGUACUCGAGAGUGCACACAGACAAUGGAAACGAGCUGUGA